CACUUAGUGCUUUGGUAAAUCCGUAAAUCAUAAUAAAUACAAGAACUACUAUCCAAAUAAAUUUAAAUUAUCAAUAAACUUCAAACAGCGCCCAGUGAUACGGCAACGAAAUGCAACGUAUUUGCGUCCGGAGUCUACACAUUGGCUCCUGCAAUCGAGUCCAGCGGUGUUCCGAUACCAUUGACCGGAUCAUCCGAGUUGAUCAUGCCGGCGAGCUGGGCGCGAACCAGAUCUACAAGGGCCAGUUGGCGGUGCUGGGCCACACCAAAGCGGGUAAGAUGAUCGAACACAUGUGGGAGGAGGAGAAAGUGCACAAAGCAGAGUUCGACCGACUGAUGAACAAGUACCGUGCCCGCCCGACGGCAUUGCUUCCCCUAUGGAACAUCGCUGGGUUUGCCCUUGGCGCGGGAAGUGCUCUGCUCGGCGAGAAAGCGGCCAUGGCGUGCACCGUGGCCGUCGAGUCCGUAAUCGUCGACCACUACAACGAUCAGCUGCGGGAGCUGAUGGACAAUCCCGACUUCAAAGACCACGAGCUGCUACAGACGAUUCAGCGUUUUCGGGACGACGAACAGGAGCACCACGACAUUGGACUGCAGGAAGGGGCCGAGCAGGCGCCGUUCUACAAGGCUAUGACGGACGUGAUCAAGUUCGGUUGUCGCGUGGCGAUAAAAGUAGCCGAACGGGUGUGAAACACGUGUGUUCGUUUGGUUAAUACUGAGAAACUAUAAAUUUUCGUUUAUUUAUCACAACAAAAUACACAUA